ACGGUGAUUGCAAGGAAAACUAUUGCAAUCCCUGCGGUUUUUCCUCUUGUUAAAUACGUUAUGGGCGUGACCAAGGGUGGUCUUCCAAAUCAGCCGGAAUCCCCACACGUCCGUUGUAUAAUACGACAAGAUGCACUCCUUCGAAAUUUCUCGCUGCUGCUGCGGCAAUAAGUGUGGCUGCAAUAUAUUGGCCAUUAGCUCCAGCUACAUGUAUAGCAUGUUAAACAUUUUUAUUUGUAUUUGUAGGAGCAUCUGACAGCCUACUUGCGUACAUAAAUAGAAAAUACAAAACAUGACGAGGGACUUGAAAUUGAAGAUGAUCAAGAGUACACAACAUUGGAAACUGAGAACAUGAAGCUAAAGCAUCGAUUAUCAAUUCUGAUUAAGACUAUUGUUGCAGAACAAAACGCCGCAACCACUACUAUUUUUGGUAAAAAUGUACCAGCGGUAAUGCCCACCGCCGUCGGUGCAAUGAUUUUGAUAGCACAACAAACGUCAUCCCCUGGGCAUUUCCAAAGCUUGCCGACACAAGCUAUUAUAUCACAUGUGAAUGCAACUGCGGCUAAAUUUGGUUAUUAUCAGCGCAAUAGUGUCACGUCAUUGGCCAAAACACUAAAGGCUGCUGGCACAAAUAAAUCGCCCAGAGAUAUAGCCAACGAAAUAAAUAAACAUGGUGUUCAAUCGCUACUUGUGGUUUAAACUGAGGUUGCAAGUCCUCGCUCCAUUAAUGUGUUU